AGCCCCACAGCCGCUGGCGGCGACUGAAGCUGCAUUAUUCGCUCCCCUGGAGCCUUGGCAUUGGCACGGGCAUGGGCCCGUUGCUGCUCCUGCUGUUGCUCCUGCUGGCCAUGCUGGAGACAUGCCAAGUGCGUGGCUCCUACCUCGAGCCCGAUGAACUCAUCCAGGAGCUGGAUCGACCGGUGCCGCUGACAUCGGUGCAGGGUGUGCUGGGCCGUCAGGCCAUGCUGCCGUGCGACAUCUCGCCGCUGGAACGCGACGAUGCCGUGUACAUGGUGCUCUGGUUUCGCGAGGGUGAUGGCGAACCCAUCUACAACUUCGAUGUGAGGGGGCGGCAGUUUGGGCAGGCGAGACUCUGGUCCUCGCCGAUGGCCUUUGGGACACGCGCCCACUUCAGCAGCACCACCCAUCCCGCCCAGCUCAAAAUAGACAACAUACGCAUCGAGGACGAGGGCGUCUACCGGUGCCGAGUCGAUUUUCGCAAUUCGCCCACGAGAAAUCUGAAGAUAAAUCUAACUGUCAUCGUGCCCCCAGACAGACCCAUCAUCUAUGGCCAGAACAGGCAUGAGAAGGCCAGCAAUGUGGAGUCCUUCAAUGAGGGCAACGAUAUUGUUCUCUCCUGCGAAGUCUCAGGCGGUCGACCGCGUCCCAAUGUCACCUGGUACUUGGACAACACGGCCAUCGAUGAGUCCUUCGAGCAGCGACCCGAUGGCAAGACCAUCAACCACCUGUCCUACCCCAACGUGGGCCGCCAGCAUCUCAACUCACGGCUCGUGUGCGUGGCCAGCAAUACGAAUCUGACGCCACCCAACAACAAGGUCGUCAUUCUGGAUGUGAAUCUAAAACCGAUGGCCGUGCACAUACUCACGAAAGAUCGCUUCGUCUCGGCCGAUCGCACCUACGACAUUGAGUGCAAGAGUUCGGGCUCCAAGCCGCCCGCUCUCAUAACGUGGUGGAAGGGCAGCAAGCAGCUCAAGAAGCUGACGAAGAACUUUAAUGAACCCGAUAAUCAAUCUCUAAGUAUACUGACGUUUACGCCCGGACGCGACGACGAUGGCAAAUAUUUAACAUGUCGGGCAGAAAAUCAAUUCAUCGACGGCAGCGCCAUUGAGGACAAAUGGCGCCUCAUUGUCCACUUUCAACCCACAACAACGCUGAAGAUUGGCUCAUCCCUGAACCCGGACGACAUCAAAGAGGGCGAUGACGCGUACUUCGAGUGCGUCGUUCAGUCGAAUCCCAAGCCAUACAAGAUGUCCUGGUUCCACAACGGCAAGGAGCUGCAGCACAACAUCUCCGCCGGCGUCAUCCUCUCGGAUCAGUCGCUGGUGCUGCAGAGCGUCUCACGUGCAUCGGCCGGUGACUACACAUGCCUCGCCGUCAACUCGGAGGGCAAAGGCCCAAGUAAUCCGGUCACAUUGCGCAUACGCUACGCACCCAUCUGUGCCACCGAGCACGAGGAGCUGCUGGGCGCCUUGAAGCACGAGACACUGCCACUCAAGUGCGAAGUGGACGCCUCACCGCCGGCCGACUCCUUCCACUGGACCUUCAACUCGUCGGGGGAGCAAACCGAGCUGCCCGCCCGCCUGCACUCCACUGAGACGGGCAUGUCGCGUCUGAACUACACGCCCAGCACCGAUCUGGACUAUGGCACAAUAUCCUGCUGGGGCAAGAACUCCAUUGGCAUGCAGAAGAGUCCCUGCGUCUUUCAGAUUGUGGCAGCGGGUCGGCCCUUUCCGCUGCAAAACUGUUCGGUGACCAAUCAGUCGGUGGACUCGCUGCAAGUGGACUGCAUUGAGGGCUUCGAUGGUGGCCUGCCUCAAGGUUUCAUGCUGGAGCUGGUCGAGUUGAACACCCUGCGAUUGGCCAGGAAUAUCACCGUUUCGCACACUCCCGUCACCUUUAUCAUUGAUAAUCUGGAUCAGGCUGCCACCUACCGCAUGGUGAUAUUCGCUGUCAAUGCCAAGGGCCGCUCCGAGCCCACCAUCAUCGAUGACAUCAACUUCAAGGGGGUGGCCAAGUUCACGGGUGCCUCGACGGGUCUCUCCAUGCCGCUGUCGCCGUUCCUUGCGGGUCUAACCCUCUUCUGUGGCCUCCUCUUUGCCAUCUUCUGCAUCAUGCUGGCUGCCAUCUACCGGAGGUUCUCGAAUCGGCGCACGGAUAACAACCUGAAGGUUGCGAAGCACACGCAGCUGAGCAUACCGGCGGACUGCCAGCUGGAUCCGCUGCAUCCGGGCGCGCACGGCGGCCAGCCGGAGCAGGGGAACCACCAGCCGCACCACAGCCUGCUGCCCCUUAAUUGUGAUAAUCGCAAUGCGGUCGAUUGCGCCAACCUGGGCGAGGUGAGUGUCGGCGUCGGCAUCGGUGUCGGCAUGGACGGGGUCAAAGGGAGCUCGCCCAUGGGUCUGGCAUCCCUCGGCAGCGAAACGUUGCGUUCCACGGCACGCACACGGCACAGCCCGCUGGCCGAUUCGUUGGAUAUCGAUGAUACGGAUCCAGAUGUUAUACCAAAUCAGUAUGAAAAACGUCCACUGAAGAGUCUGGUGUCGCCGCCGGGCUUUGCCAGCCCCUCGACACGGCUCAUGCAGCGCGACUACGUGCGCGAGACGGAGCUGGUGAAGGGCAGCUGCGAGACAGUGGGCGCUGCGGAGGGACUGUCCAGCAUUGGCCUGAUGAGCAGUUCCGGCAACGAGGUGCUGCACUAUACCUUUCGGCCCAGCAAGCAAAUUAGCUAUGCCACGCUCAAUAGGAAGGGCAUAACCACCUGUAGUCCGACGCUGGGUACGCAGAAUUACAGCGUGAGCACAUCGACGCCCUCAUCCUCAUACCAUCUAACACCGCAGCCCAUGGAGGUUAGUUUGCUCAGUCCGAAUCAUCCGUCGGUGACGUCCUCGCUGAGUGAAUAUCGUUUUCGAACCGGUCCCGAGAUAGUCACCACUUCCAAUCGCAUACAGGAAAGUUGUAUAUAAACUUAACACACACACACACACAGACACAGAUACACACACAAUGCAUCUAUACAUACAUCAAAAUGCUACAUACCAUAGUCGUAUAUACAAAUACUUACUUCUGAGUGUACAAAAACAAAAGCAAAAGCAAAAGCAAAAUGCAUAAUUAUCGUGAGCAAAACGUGAAACUGUAUUAAAACAAUUUGAUAUCGUAAACGUAACGUAACGAAUAACGUAUCCUAGCAGCUAGACGUAUUUAUUCGCAUGGUUUGAGGAAAGACUUCUCCUAGCACGUAAGCAUCUUUGUGUAACUUAACGCAUUCAUCAUCGAAUCAAUGCCAAAAGUGUACAGACGAGUACACUCACUCGUUUUUCCUUUGUAAAUAAUCGUUGUCAUCUAUCUAUCUGUUGUUGUAUCUAUUUAUACGUACCGAAAACCUAAAGCUAAAACUUCAAACUGCAACGGCAACCGAAAACAUUCUGGAACGAAACUACUUCCAAAGAACAUAUCGUUUAACGUUUUGAUCCCAUUCAUAUCCCCUAUAUCUACCGACAUGAGGUUCCAACUUAACAUAUCGCCAGAACAUCCUAAAAAAGAACUGCGCCUCCCGCCUAACAUUUUGCUUGAACCAAGGCUAAAAGCUAACCCGCUUUCCCCAGGGUCGCGGUAAAUGUUGUGCGCAAAAUCCCCGAAAAUGCAAACUAAUUUACGCCAUAAAAAGUACAUAAAUAAAAGCAUAUAUAUGUAAAACUUGUAUCCAUUUAAUCUGAACAGGGCCUGCACUCCUCUUCCAGACCCGGCAGAGUUCUGCGGGAGUCGCAUUUGUGAGAAUAUCAUGUCCAUAUCCUCCUAUGAAAGUAUUACCUAUUGAUUUUCAAUUUCUGAUUAACUUGAAGUGUGUUUAAGUGUAGCCAGCUACCACAUAAAACUUGUAUUUAUCUAGGCCUAAGUAGCCCUAAGUGUCGGACUAAGUGCAAUGUACAUAAAAAUAUGAUUAAUCGUACAUACACCAACAUAUACCGAUAGUAAAUAGAACCCAUGCUAGAGCUCGCUUGUCAAGGACGCACGGAAGAACUGAACAAAGUCACAAAACAGAAAAGAAAAGAAAUGAACAAGGAACUUCUACUUGAAAUGAACACGAUAAUUGUACAUACAUAGUUCAUAAUUAAUUGUGAGGGAAAUAUGUGGUUCGCUUCGAUGUAUUUAUGUUUGUUUGUUGCCCCAACCCAACCCCAACCCAACCCAACCCAGCCCCCAGCUAGGAAGUAAAUUAAGCAUUUAUAAUAUAGAACAAUUGCAAAGGCCAAGCUCCGAGGUGGGAUUUGUAUUUAUCCAACACUUUCUCGACACCUCUUCAGCUUGUACAUCCAUCCUGUGCGUAAUGUUUGAGAGUUUCUGCCAAGAAAGUGUCACACCGAAGCUCGAAGCGGAGAGACAGACACACAAAACCCAACACACAAAAAGAUGCAAAGAUUAGUAUAAUUUGUCGAAAGAUAGUUUUUGUAACUAUACGUAUUAGGAGAAAUAUAUUAAAAAUACAAAUUAAAUUAUAACUAAAUGGAA